CGCCAUCAUCGCCGACGCCGCCCAUUCCCUCUCCGACAUUGUCCUUAGUGGCGUGGCCUGGCUGUCAUUUAGAGUUGGGAAGGCUCCAAAGGACAAAGAACACCCUUAUGGUCACUCUUGAUUCUGACAUGGUAAGUUUGAGACACUAGGCACUCUUGGGAUUUCUUGUAUGCUUUUGACUACUGCAGGUGGCAUUGCCUGGCAUGCUGUCAAUGUUCUACAGGGAAUUAUAACGGCAGAACCAGAAAUUAUUAGCCACAUACUAGAACAUAGCUAUAGUGAUCACCAUAGUCAUGGUGGUGGCCAUCAUCACGGUAUCGACUUAGAGCACCCUGUCCUAGCCUUGAGCAUGACAACUGUCUCCAUCGCUGUUAAGGAAGGGCUUUUUUGGAUCACAAGAAAGGCCGGUGAAAAGGAAGGAAGUGAGCUGAUGACAGCUAAUGCAUGGCAUCACCGUUCAGAUGCUGUGUCAUCGGUAGUUGCUCUUAUUGGGGUUGGAGGUACCAUGCUUGGAAUGCCAUUUUUAGAUCCUGUUGCUGGAAUUCUUGUAUCAGGCAUGAUUCUGAAAGCUGGAAUUGAAACUGGUUACCGGAGUGUCAUGGAACUAGUUGAUGCUGGUGUCCCCUUACCUACCUUAGCACCAAUCAAACAGACUAUAACUCAAGUUGAAGGCGUGAAGGGAUGCCACCGCUUGAGAGGAAGAAAAGCAGGAUCCUUCUUGUAUCUUGAUGUACACAUUGAGGUAGAUCCUUUUCUGAGUGUUAGCGCUGCUCAUGACAUCGGUGAGAAUGUUCGUCGCCAAGUACAAAAGUCGCACAAACAAGUUGCAGAGGUUUUUAUACACAUUGAUCCUUCAUUUUUGUGUAGCUCUUCUAUAGUGGACCAAAGACAGACUUUAAAGGGCGUUGAAAGCCAAAACUCGGAUAAGUUCUGCAAGGAACGAGAUGCUGAAGCCAUUGUCUCGGGUGUUAUUUCAUCACUGUUUGCCGAGAAAAUGACAGUUAAGCAUAUAACACGGCAUUUGCUGCAAGGAAAGAUCUUACUCGAGGUUCAAGUGUCAAUGCCAUUGGAAAUGUCAAUUAGGGACGCCAUGGAUGUAACAAAAGAAGCAGAGAAGGAGAUACUGAAUGCUGCUCCGUGCAUAAGCCAAGUGAGCAUUCAGCUGAGUUUAGGGAAUCCAGUGCCACAGUUUUACUCAUCUACAAUAGGUGGCAACAAAGAAAACCAGGGCUCCCAAAGUUAAAUACUAUUGAAGACAAAAACGAUCAAAAUAAGUUCUUGACGAGAAACUGAGAGAGUAUUGCAUGGACCCUGGUCUGUAGCAUGACAUUAAAUGUGUACCCAAUUGAUAUAAACUCUUGGUUUAGUGCACAAAUCGCGAAGUUGUAUGAUCUAAAGGUUGAUAUCAUUUGGAUGCACAUUUAAUGUCAUGGACCAGAUGUACUGGAUACUUUCUCAUUUUUGACCUUGUGUAAGUUGAGAAAUUCUAGGCAUCGGCUGAGCUAUUCCUUGUAGAUGGCGGAGCCAGUGAAAUUCUUCUGUCUUGUAGUGCUAUGACAUGAUCUUUGAUCUUAACAUUGAGCAGAGAUAUGCUUGUGGUGUAACUGACAAGUUACAUGAUGAUACCAAAAAUGUUUGAACUAGGUUGUAUUAAAUAUUAAUAUAAAUUGUUUUGGCUCA